GUUUCAGCGUUUUUUCUAAUGUAAUUUCUACUCCUGUCAUUUUUUUUCUAGCUGUCCAUUCUUCUCCACGACUAGCUGUGAGGAUGGAGAAAGCUGCACUGCUGCUGUUUUGUUGCCUGGUCAUGUCUUUAUCAGGCUCCCCGCUCUACCCAUCCAUUAGGUUCGGCCAGAGGGAUACGUCCAUCCUGAUGACAUCUUCUAUAAAGGAUCCAGCAGAGCAGCUGGAGGAAGACAGGAGUCCUCCCAGGGAGCGAGCAGAGUCACGCUCAGGACGCCAUGCUGAUGCCAUCUUCACCAACAGUUACAGGAAAGUCCUGGGCCAAAUCUCUGCCAGGAAGUUCCUUCAGACAAUCAUGGGCAAACGGCUGGGAGAUGAAAGUGAGAGCUAUAUGAAACGUCAAUCAGAUAUCUAUGAAGGGACCUAUAAAGAAGAUCUUACAUCUAUUCAGAGCAAUCAGAGAUACAGAGAAGUGCAUGGGCAUGUCAUGAGGCCAAGACUGCUGAGUUGAGAUUUGUUGGAUCAGACAAACUGAAGGCUGCCAGCGCUCCUGGCCACUGCACUUUUCAUAACCAUCACCGCUUGCUUUCUUAAACUUCCUCCAACUCGUUCUUUACAGAUGAAAAUUAUACUGUCAUUUUUUUAUUCCCAUUAAAUCUGUGAAGAAAAGCAACAGCCCAGCUCAUGACUCUGGAAAAAACGGGCACUGAGAAACUUUAAGUUGUGCAAUGUUUCUUUUACACUAAUACUAGGAUGUAACUUUUUGUUGAAGUGGUUUAAUACCAAUAAGAAAUAAUGGUAUCAAUUAAAUUUUGAACGAGUUAAUACUCAUCUCAAAAUCAGUGUGGUCGUGCUGCAGUCCGUGAUAGAUUUUCAAUUUCCAUUCCAAGCUACUUUAUACAUCACCUUUCAGAGAAAAACAUUGCACUACAUGUAUUUGACAGCUCAUACAGAAACAUACAGAGCUAAAUUAGAAUAA